GGACUUCAAACUGGUUGAUUGAUUGAUGAUAACCUCUUUUGGUCCCAUUAAAUAAAGGGAGGACGCGUUUGCUACCAGGAAGGGCUCAUUAUGUGCGACUCAAAGACAAGGAAUACCCAGGCACUGGAACAGAACAACUGGAAGAAGGAAGUCAAAGAACGGAAGAAGAAGAAGCGGGAAGAGAGAUUGAUCCGACUAGCUGAACAACAAAUACGGGAAAAGAAAGACUUCUCAUCUAAUGGAAAGGAAGAAGAUAAUCAAGGCAGGCCAUGGACUUUGUCUAUUGCACUUCCUGGAUCUAUACUAGACAAUGCACAGUCACCAGAGCUGAGAACAUACUUGGCUGGGCAGGUAAGGUUAUAGUACAGCUUUUAUCUCGCCUGAACGAAGUUCGGCAGAGACCUGGCAGUGAUCACUUUUCCUGGAAAGUCUAUUGGUUUAUUGCUCUGUU